CUGUCGUCAUGUUUCGUUUGGCACUGCUGGUCUUGUGGCUUUCGGGGGAUUCGGCGGUGGAUCUGCACGGUCGUCCGUUGCUGCUCGUGCUUUCCUUCGACGGCCUCGGGCACGAUCGCCUCGAGCACGAUCGCUUGAAGGCGUCGCUUCCGAAUCUCUCGGAGUUGAGGAAGCGAAGCUGUUACGUGCCGCGGCUGAGGCCUCCGUUCCCCUCCGUCUCGGUCGUGUCUCAUCUGUCGCUGGUCACGGGGCUCUGGCCGGAGUCGCACGGGGUGGUCGCGGAUCCGGUCUGGGAUCCGGAGUCGGGGAAGGCGGUGGAUCCGUCCCUGCAUCCCCAGGCGUUCCGCGUCGUGCCGAUCUGGGCGAGCAACGAGCAGGCGGGCGGGACGAGCGGCGUCUCCGGCUGGCCACUGUGGGGACAGAGGCCCCCGACGCACGUUGGACCCGGGGACGGGGCCACGGGAUGGAGGCAGCGACUGGACGAAGCCCUCUCGUGGUUCGAGAUGGGAGCCAACCUCGUCGUGUUCCGCGAGUCGAUGCUGAUGGAUAUCGGGCGUCUGCACGGUCCCGAUUCCGAGCAGGUGAUGAGGGGCGUGGAAGAGCUGGACCGCCUCGUGGGCCACCUGCUGGAUCGACUGCUCCGCCUGGAAUGGGCGGAGAGGCUCAACGUCAUCUGCGUCUCGGGUCAUGGGCUGGCGGCUAAUGAGCCCGAUUUGGUCAUUCCGUUGCAGGCGACGGGGAAUGGGAGGCGCUUUCGCGUGUCCAAUCGCUCUCCGGCGCUCUUUGUCCAUACGGAGCCAGGUAGAGAGGAAGACUUGUACAGAGAGUUCCUCGAGGGAUCCAAAAAAUGGGGAUUCCGGGUGCUGAGAAGAAAUGAAUUCCCGCGCCGAUGGCACCUGAAGAGGAGUCCCAGGGCGGGGGAUCUCAUCCUCUUGGCUUCACCUCCGAAUGCCUUCAGCCUCGCAAUCUGGAAGGGGUCAGCAGGCUACGACAACAAGUUGGAGAAGAUGCAGGGUUUCCUCUUGGCAUGGGGCCCAGCCCUGAAGAAAGGCUUCAAUCUGGACAUGACGGUGGAUGUCGUCGAUGUGUAUCCGCUACUCUGCCACCUCCUGGACAUCCCGCCCAGGCCAAAUAACGGAUCCUUCAUCUACCACCUCUCCUCUCUCAUCCCAAUUGAGGAAGUGGAAACUUUCAGCAUCUACAGCAUCCUCCUGACUAUUGGGGUCCUGGGUGGCACCACAGGCCUCAUCAUUGCCUCAGUCAUUAUUAUCAUGGUUUGCAAGAAAUGCCAACAUCGCAGCAAACUCAAGAGUGACUUCAUUAUGCAGUGAGAUUCCAAUGUGGCACAAAAACAAGGCAUAAUGUCAAAAUGAAUGUAAAAAAAAGCACC